AUGACUACGUUAUCCUCACUUCUGAAAGAAAGGAUCACGGUUCAUCUUGAAAAGACAAUUGGAAAAGGACUUUUUGAUAAAGAACUUCCAGACUACGUGAUUCUACUCCUUACAAACGGCAAAGCCAAAAAGGAAAUAACAAAUGAACUAUCUGAGUUUAUUGCUGAAGCAACAAAGCUCGUGGAAUGGGUAUUCAACGAAAUUGAUGUUAUCAAAAAGGAAAAACUGAAAGAGUCCACUGAAAAGAGGAAGAAAAAAGAGGAGGAAAAACGUUUAAAGCGCGAACAAAAAAGGAAGAAGGGAACGUAUACGAUCCCACGAAAAGCCAAGAAGUCGCAGCUCAUCGUCUUCAAGCUCGUCUUCAUCAUCGACAUCAUCUUCAAGUUCUUCAUCGAGUUCGUCUCCUACAAGAAGACGUAA